GCGGCCGCCAGGGGGCGGUGGCGGCGCUGCCCGCGCUCUCUGCGAGGCGGUUGGGGCUCGUUCGCCGCCGGCUCCGCCAUGUCGCUGCCGCCGGAGAAAGCCUCGGAGCUGAAGCAGAUCAUCCACCAGCAGCUGCUCAAGAUGGAUGUCCAUGGCAGGAUACGAGAAGUUCUUGCUGAGACUAUACGAGAAGAGCUGGCACCUGAGCAUCAGCAGUUGUCCACGGAAGAUAUGAUAAAAGCCCUAAGACAGCGGGGAAUCGUUGACGAUGUUAUGAAGGAGCUUAAAUUUGUUACUGAUGUGAAUGAAACGGAGAGGACUUCAGCUCCCAAACCAUCAACACAUUUUGUUGAGAAAGACCCACCAGUUUUGAAAAAAACUAACAUUGACCCAACACGGAGGUAUCUUUACCUUCAGGUUUUGGGUGGAAAAGCUUUUCUGGAACAUCUUCAGGAACCAGAGCCUCUGCCUGGCCAGAUCUGCUCUACCUUCACUCUGUGUUUACAUUUUCGAAACCAGCGCUUCCGUUCCAAACCUGUACCCUGUGCCUGUGAACCAGAUUUUCAGGAUGGUUUUCUACUUGAAGUACACAAGGAUAGCCUAGGUGACGGAAGUAAGAUGGUGGAUGCAACCACUAUGCUAUCUAUAUGUGACCCAGUGCAUAUGGUUCUGAUCAAAACAGACACAUUUGGUGAGACCACACUGGUAGCAUCCUAUUUCUUGGAGUGGAGGUCUGUCUUGGCUGCAGAGAACGGCAUAACAAAUGUUGCUGUGGAACUGCUGGGUGUAGGUACUGAAUCAAAGGUUUCUGUUGGUGUUUUAAACAUCAGACUGGAAAUGUAUCCACAGCUUAGUAAGACACUUUCUUCAGAAAUAAUUAGAACUCAAUUCACUUUGGAACGUCAGAAAACAGCAGAAAAAGAACGUUUAUUUCUUGUGUAUGCCAAGCAGUGGUGGAGAGAAUACCUGCAGAUCAGGCCUACCCACAACUCAAGGCUGGUGAAGAUCUUUGCACAGGAUGAAAACGGGGUGAACCGGCCGGUGUGCUCCUACGUGAGACCUCUGCGGGCGGGGCGGCUGCUGGACACGGCCCGGCAGGCGGCUCGCUUCGUCAGCGUCCUGGGCCACGAGAGAGCGCCGGUGAUCGGCGGCGGCGGCAAGCAGGAGCAGUGGUGCACCCUCCUGGCCUUCCUGUGCAGGAACAAGGGUGACUGUGAAGACCAUGCUAACCUUCUGUGCAGUCUUCUUCUUGGGUUUGGACUGGAAGCCUUUGUGUGUGUUGGAACAAAAGCAAAAGGAGUCCCCCAUACUUGGGUAAUGACUUGUGGAUCUGAUGAAACAAUUACUUUUUGGGAGAGCUUAACAGGACAUAGGUAUCUCCACAGACCUAUCAACCCUGAUGACCCUCCCCUAGCUGAACAACCCAAGCCGCUGCAUCCGUAUCGCACAAUAGGUUGUAUCUUCAACCAUCAGAAGUUCUUUGGAAAUUGUCAGCCCUCUGAUGCCGUGGAGGUGUGUGUGUUUGACCUGCAUGAUGAAUCUAAAUGGAAACCCAUGAGUGGAGAAGCAAUAAAAUCUGUAUGUCCUCCUGGAGCAACGUCUUCAGUUCCCCCUUUUCCUCCCCUGUGUGCUUCUACAAUAGAUGCUGCUGUAACAAGCAACGAGAUAGAAGUGCAGCUGAGGAUACUGGUCUCUGAACACAGAAAGGAUCUUGGCUUUUCUACUGUUUGGGACGACCAGCUCUCCUAUCUGUUGUCACCAGCAUUAGCAGCCUAUGAGCUCGAACGCACAACGGGUGUUUCUGCAGGAAAUGAAGAGUUUCAGGAUGCCAUAAGGAGAGCGGUUCCUGAUGGUCACACCUUCAAAGGGUUUCCCAUCCAUUUUGUGCACAGAAAUGCCAGAAGAGCAUUUGCCACGUGUCUUCGGUCUCCUUUCUGUGAAGAAAUAAUCUGUUGUAGGGGAGACCAAGUGCGACUUGCAGUUCGUGUACGAGUGUUUACAUAUCCUGAAUCUGCGUGUGCUGUUUGGAUCAUGUUUGCUUGUAAAUACCGCUCUGUCCUUUGAAAAUAACCAAAUUAUUCAUAGCUUUUUAACGCUGCAAAAUAAUGUAUGUGGGUGUAGAAUGAUUCAAUUAAAAACUAAUAUAGUGUUUUAUAUAAAUGCCACUGAUUUUAAAUGCCACAAUGUGUGUAUUGGAGGGGAUUGUGUA